AUGUACGAAGGGAUUGACAACCUGAAAUCCUUUUACGAACGUGCCGGGAAGACUUUCUCCGGCGGUCCUUCUGCGGCACAGGAUGUGCCGCGUCGUACUGCUCAACCAGACCCAGUACGUAGAUCAUUAGUUGGUAGCGGGGCUCCCAAGAAUCCCAGGACGGGGGAUAGCCGCGCCACCGGACGAGAUAACUCGUCCGACGUCCGUUCACGUCGCGGUGGUUCAACAGCUGCUCAACUAGAUAGCGCUGGCCACCGCGAGAGUCCUCUAAUAGAGGUGGAGGAGGAGGAAAGACGCUCUCCACACGAUCAUGUGGAUCGGUGUGUUCCCGAGAGCUUCUUUGAUCGCGUAACGCAAGGGUUACGCGACGAUCUCGAACAUGAGCGGAAUAGGCGUCUCCAAAUGGCGGACACUGUCUCGAAGCAUCGAGCUGAGUUUGACUUUGCUCAGCUCGAGAACGAGAGAUCUCUGACAUCUCUUCGUGACGAGCUAAGGGUAGCUCGUGGGAUUGCUGAUCGGUCUCGGGAUGAGAUAGCUGCUCUUCAGACCCUUGUUGAUGCCCACCAUCGGGAGCACAAGGCUCUCUGCGAGAUGCUUGAGCGCAAGGGCGUCCUUCAUCGGAAGAAGCAGCGUACUGAUGGUACGGCUUAA